AUGGAUGUGAAAGAACGUAGGCCUUAUUGCUCCCUGACCAAGAGCAGACGAGAAAAAGAGCGGCGGUAUACAAAUUCCUCAGCUGAGAAUGAGGAGUGUAGGGUGCCCACCCAGAAGUCCUACAGUUCCAGCGAAACCUUGAAAGCCUUUGAUCAUGACUCCUCACGGCUGCUUUAUGGAAACCGAGUAAAGGACCUGGUUCACAGAGAGGCAGACGAGUACAAUAGACAAGGACAGAAUUUUACCCUAAGGCAGUUAGGAGUUUGUGAACCAGCAACUCGAAGAGGACUGGCAUUUUGUGCGGAAAUGGGGCUCCCCCACAGAGGUUACUCUAUCAGUGCAGGGUCAGAUGCUGAUACUGAAAAUGAAGCAGUGAUGUCCCCAGAGCAUGCCAUGAGACUUUGGGGCAGGGGGGUCAAAUCGGGCCGCAGUUCCUGCCUGUCAAGUCGGUCCAACUCAGCCCUCACCCUGACAGAUACGGAGCACGAAAACAAGUCCGACAGUGAGAACGAGAGUCCAUUUUAUCCGUAGUCUCAAGUGGAUUCAAGGCAUGGACAAAAAGACACCCACUUAUUUGAA